CAAGACUAAGCAAGGUAAACACAAAUAAGCAAAACUAACUUAACAUCAUAAUACAAAUUGAAAUUAAGAUGGAAUUUAGUUGCAAAGAGUUCAAGGUGGGAAAGUGUGAAGGAGAGAAAAUAGUGGAUGGAGAAACCCUUCCAUUGGUACUACAACCUCGUGAGGCAAACAAGAGUGAUUUGGAGUCUUUGCUCUUGAGUCUAAAUAAAAACAAAGAAUGGUUUGAAGAAAUGAUAAUCAAGAAUAGUGCUGUUCUUCUUAGAGGUUUUGAUGUUAACAAAGCUGAGGACUUUAAUGAUAUUGUUGAAACAUUUGGAUGGGAAGAUAUUAGAUAUGUUGGACCAGCACCUCGUACACAUAUUUACAAAAUGGUUUGGACUGCUAAUGAAGGUCCUCUCUCUGAGUUUAUUUACUAUCACCAUGAAAUGGUUUUGAUUAAGGAAUAUCCAAAGAAAGUGAUUCUGUUCUGUGAGAUACCUCCACCUGAAGGAGGAGAGACUCCUUUUGUUCCAAGUUUCAGAGUGACAGAAAGGAUGAUUGAGGAGUUCCCAGAAGAGGUGAAGAAGAUGGAAGAGAAGGGGUUGAAGUACUCUUUUACAGCUCCUAGCAAUAGUGAUAGGACCUCCAUGAGAGGUAGAGGAUGGGAGGAUGCUUUUGGAACCUCAGAUCCCAAGGAAGCUGAGAAAAGGGCAAGAAGUCUAGGAAUGGAUGUAGAGUGGCUUCCAAAUGGUGGGCUAAAGACAAUACUUGGACCAAGAAAUUUAACAAAAGUAUUUGAAGGAAGAAAAGGGAGAAGAAUGUGGUUUAACACAAUUGUAGGCAUGCAUGGAAAGGAAAUUAGUUCAGCCACAUUGGCAGAUGGAACAGAAAUUCCAGAAAAUGUAGUGAAAAGGUGUGGAGAGAUCAUUGAAGAAGAGAGCAUACAAUUCAAGUGGCAGAAAGGAGAUGUUCUUUUCUUAGAUAAUUAUGCUUUGCUUCAUGGUAGAAGGCCUUCUCUUCCUCCAAGAAGAGUCCUUGUUGCUACAACCAAGUAGAAGGCUAUGAAUAAAUUCUACGUGUCUCAUUGUUCACCAAUAUAUCAUCACUUCUAUAUUAUAUACUUUUUAUCGAAUAAAAUUGUUGAACCUACAUAUAUUUUGGAUUUGAAGAUCCCAUUGUAACUUAUAAGAUAUAUAUACCUUCUUGUGAGAUAUAUCUAUUUUAAAAUUUUAGUAAUUUUAUAUAUCUUCUCU